AUGUCCGACCAGCAGGGAGACGACGGCGGCGACAAGUGGAGAAAAACGUCGCCAGGGCUCUCUGGGUCGGAUAAUCCGCAGUGCACGCCCAAGCAGAUAAAAAAUUUGACUUUAGACGAAUUGCGCCAGGACGAGAGACUGUGGACGGCGUACGAGAGGGGUUGGUGUGACUUUUUACAGUUGUACAUGAGCAUGCAGCUGAUGCAGUCGGAAACUUCCUACAUGUUGCCGGAACUCGCGAGGCCUGGGCUUAUGGGCCCCUCGGGUGCUGCAGAUUCCGGUGCAGCAGGGGAGGAGGACACAACAGGCUCUGCAAAUACAUCUUCGGGAGGUGAUCCGGCAUUGGCUGCACCUGCAGUUGCAGCAGACGUGAAGGACUUGCAGGACAAGGCUAACGGCAAACCGGACCCAGUGCGUUCGCCAGGCAAGGCAGCCGAGGUGAAACUGGACAACGAUCUGACCAGACGGAUCGACGUUCGCGUUCUAUCGUCGCGCAUAAAGCGCACUUACAAGUACGCCGACGUCCGCCUGUGCGAAUUCCACGGACUUGGCCCGCGCGCUGUGGUGCAGGAUGACGACAAAGAUGAUUCGGAAGUGGUUGCUAAACAGCUGUCCUCGAUCAGGAUUAAGAUCACGACCCCGGAAGCUACUGAGUUCGAUCUCGAUACUUUCGACGAAAACGACGAAGACAAUGAUGACGACGACGACGAUGACGAGAAGCCGAACGCCGACGACGAGUAG